AUGGAGAGAUGUUCCAUCUCUCCUGUCGCACGACUGACUGCCCUCGUCUCUCUCCUCCUGGUUGCUCUGGUGACACAACCCUCCACCUGUAACCGUGACGACACCGAGGGCGAGGAGCAGGUGGACGCCCUGUCGGUCCAGCUGUCUGUCACGGCCCAGGUUACACCCACCCCUCUGUGGGCAGUGGUCUGGGGUCCCACACAGCCGCUGGAGGAUGAGACCUACCACUUAUUCUCCAGCCAGGAAACUGACCCCUUGCAUCAGCACGGGAACCAGCAGGAGGCCAGCACCACCACCACAUCUGAGGACUGGCCUUAUCCUGACGCAAGCAUCCAGCCCCAAGACCAGACACUGCUGGAGUCCAGGGAGCAGGAGGGAGUGGAGGAUGGAGGGACGGAGGCGGAGGAGACAGAGCCUGAGGAAGUGGACCCUCAGUUCUACGUCACCGUGACCAUCUCCUCGCUGCUCAUCCUGACGGCAGUCGUCAUUAUAGCCAAACUCUGUUACGAUCGCAGCUGUUCCCAGCAUCCGCCCCCGCUUUCCCGUGGCGUGGCACCCCCCCUCUCCCUUGCGCUCCCUCGUUCCCUCGCAUCGGAGGACAGCCGGCAGACGUUGCACAGCACCUCCUCCUCCUUCACCGACAGGGAGAGGUAA